AUGGCCGACCCAAGCUCCGCCGCUGGCGACGGCGAUUCCAAAGACAAUUCCGUCGCCAAGACUGCCGGGUUGGUGGUCUUCUCGGGCAUCGCCCUGAGCAUUCUCAAAGCGUUAAACCCUUUUAACAAAAAAAGAAAUGAAGAAACUCCACUCAGUGAGUCAACUCAGCCCAUUCAGCUGACUUCUUCGCAGCCUCAGCUUCAGCCUCAGCCUCAGCCUCAGCUUCAGCCUCAGCCUCAGCCUCAGCCUCAGCCUCUCCCUCCCCAACAACAACCCAUUCUCAAGGAACCACACCCUCCUCUGCCCAAAACCAUUACGAGCAUGGACCAAAAUGUGCCAGACACACCGAAGUCGUCGCAUAAGACAAUAGAGAUUGAGAAAGGAGAUACACUUUGGGGGCUCUCUAGAGAAUAUGGGGUAUCCAUUGAAGCGAUCAAAGAGGCUAAUGGUCUUACAGGGGAUACAAUAUAUGCUGGCAAGAAGCUUAUCAUUCCAUGA